CUGCAGGUGCAGGGAAGGGAGGAACAGGAGACAGCAAUUAAUAGAAAAUCAGAUUUUAUUAAUUCCUCUGUUCCUGAAUAAAUUACUUUCCUUUUUGUCUUGUCCUUUUCUUCAGUUGUCAUAUACUUAACUGUCACGACUAUGAUUUUAACACAGCUGACAAAACAUAUUUAUUGCCAUUUGAUUUUUGUACAAAGCCUGAUAUAAAUCCUUCAUUUCCCCACUUGCCUUUUAACCUUCUCAUUGUCCUGUCAAAGGAUUAAGACUUUCUCACUACAUUGUGCAAAAUUUCUGACUGCUUCAACAAGAAAUUGCCAUUGUCAUUUGGGGCCUGUGGCCCCUAAGGCUAACCUCUCAUAACCUCUCUCUCUCUGCAUCCGGAAUAUACUUUUCCUCGACUGACUGACAAAUUCUUCACUGGAACGUGCAGCUACAGCUCAGUAAAGGAAACUCCUUCAGUCUGCACAAGUUUUCCUUGAACUACUUUGUGUUCUUGUUCUGUUUUGCUCCACCAUACGUUUCUGAGUGAGUCUGAGGUUGUGCAAAGCUGGUGUAUUAGCAGGUGUGAUUGCAGCAGGGAGUUGCAUGCCAGGGUUAACGCUGCUUCCGGGUUCAGCGCUACCUAGACGCUUGUUAAUCAUGUUGGUGCCUUGUGGUACAGUUCGUUCUUUCCGGUGGACUCAGCAACAAAGCAGGGUCCCAUCAAAAAGAAGAAAUACAGGUUCCCAGAGCUAUCUUACAUAGAAUAGGAAUUUCCAUCUUGUACAAAUCAGUUCCAAGACUGAAAGAAGUGAGAUAUAUAAAGCUGGAAAUGUGUGUGUAUUAUAUCAGUUGAUAUCUUUCAAGAGUUUAAAGGGAUUGUCUACCUGUUUGUAGAAAUUAAAUAUCCUGGAAUAUGGUGGAAGCAGUACUAAUAGAUCUGUUCAGCAUCCCAGCCAACUUGCAGAACAACAUCCAAGGAUUACUAUGCAACACACUGGAAACUAUUGAGAAAUGCUCUUCCAUCCAUGCUCCAUUUGUUUAUGUCAUAUGUUGCCAGAGGCAGUGGAGUGACAGGAAAGGUGAACAAGAGUUCUUGCUUCCAGCUCUGGGAGGUUUUCAGAAUCUGAAGAGAAGACUGGAGGUGGUACAUGCUCUGACUACAGCUGCUGCUUUGUACACCAUCAAACAGAGACUGGAUGAAAAAGACCUAAGCAUCAUUAAAGUUAUUCUCCCUACCUUAAGAAAAGACUUAAUGAAAGCAUAUAUAGACCAUCUCUUUACAGCCGUCUACCAGUUUGAAUAUGAGGAUUUACGGGUGGUAUCUGGCUCUGAAAACCUACAGAUAUCUGAACAUCAGGGUGAAGGGCAAACACCUCCUUCACAGGACAUGGCACUCAUCCAAAGUGAGAUUCAGAUGCACUUGGAAAGCCUGCCAAGCCUGAAAGGGGAGAUCACCAUCCUCAGAUCCUCCCUGAUUCCAGAUGGUACCUUCUUGCAUGGGUUCACCACAAGGACUGGUGGGAUCUCAUAUAUACCAACUCUAAGCUCCUGCAAUCUCUUCAGCAGUUCCAAGCGGAGGGACCCAAACGUUGUUGUUAAAGAAAAUCUCCGUCGGCUAGCUAAUGCUGCAGGAUUUAACCCAGAGGCUUUUCACAGAGUCAAGGUUGAUCACGCUAAUGCAGUGUGUAUUAUGGGAAAGACAGAGCCUGACAGCUAUGAUGGCAUAGUUACAAAUCAGAAAGGUGUUACGCUAGCAGCUCCAGGUGCUGAUUGCAUACCCGUGCUAUUUGCUGAUCCUGUCAGAAAAGCCUGUGGUGCUGCUCAUUCUGGAUGGAAAGGCACGUUGUUAGGAGUGUCUAUGGCCACAGUAAAUGCUAUGGUAUCUGAAUAUGGCUGUAACGUGAAAGAUAUCCUUGUGGUGCUGGGCCCAUCUGUAGGACCUUGCUGCUAUAAACUUCCUCGUGAAUCAGCAAAAGAAUUUCACAGAAUUGAUCCAAAGUGUGUGAGACUAUUUGACUCUGCAAAUCCUUAUAUUGAUAUUAGAAGAGCAACACGGAUUCUUCUUGAGAGAGGUGGGGUUCUUUCUGAGAACAUCCAAGAUGAUUCUGUCACAGACCAGAACCAAAAUAUCACUUUCUGUACUGCCUGCCACCCUGAUAAAUUUUACUCUCACUUUCGUGAUGGCACUAACUUUGGAACACAGAUUGGCUUCAUAUCAAUCAAAGACUGAGACAGUAUCUCUUACUCUGGAAUAGUAUUAAGACAAUAAGUCUGCUGUAUUGUCUGGCAUCCUGCUCUCCUCGUAGAAGUUCUUCCUUUCACACCCUUGCAAUAGGGAAUUCAUGGGUCUUGAGAUUCCCCUCCCCUUCCCUUCUCGGGCAAAAAUAAAUAUCUAGGGUGUGGGACAACAAUUACUGUGUGAGACAGGGUGCAAAGGAGAGAAGGACAAGCCACACAACUGGCAAAACCCUUCUGCAAGACCAGAUGCAAGCUCCAUGUUUAUGGAUCCUCCUUGACCAUUUUCCAGAAACUUCACUAUUUUAAGGUGGUGAAAGCUCAAAAAACUCCAGUGUUCACUGACUUCUGGGUGAUACUGUUGAAUAAAGUUAAAUAUGACCUGAGUAAUAGAGGAAGAGAAGUCUGUAUGGCAUGUUAACUGUUUGAGAGCAUCCAACUUCAGUAGUUUCAGCUGAAGCUUUACAGAAUUUUGUGCAUGGGAUUGAUUUUCUACUUUGAAUUACUUUAAAGAAGAGCUCCAAAACACUUAAAGGACUUCUCCCAUGCAAAAUAACUUGAAAGUGAAAAUCAAGCAAAGUCCUUUGAGGCAGACUUUGAAAAUAUAUGAACAUUCACCAUUCUGUACUUUUUGAUUGUAAUAAAAAUAGGGCUAAGACUCUUAAUAUAGGACAUGUAUGUUCAUAUUUCCUUAGGAUUCUUUUCUUUAAACAUCAGUGCUUUGAUAAUGUCCAUUGACACAGUCUCAACAAUGCAGGUUAUUAAAUAAAUAUCUAAAAAGUUGAGUGAA